UUGAUUCGUUGGUUCGUUUCGAUUGACGGGUAAACGACUGACGUAUUUAUUUGUUAAUUAAAGUUGGUUGUGUCUUAUCGUUUGUUUUGUUGUUUGUUAUUUUAAUUUCGGGAAUUACCAAUGCAAUAAAAAAUAGUGAUUAUGUUAAUAUUAUUGUUACUCGGAGCGGCAGCGGUGUCUGCAGGGCCGGUUAAAGAUGAAGCUAAGUGUGGUUAUGGGAGUUGCAUCAAAUAUGAUCCAUCCGUUUUGAACGUACACAUAGUGCCGCACACGCACGACGAUGUUGGCUGGCUGAAAACAGUCGAUCAAUAUUAUUAUGGAAGUCGGAAUUACAUACAGAAAGCUGGUGUGCAAUAUAUCUUGGAUUCAGUUAUAAAAGAACUAUGGCAAGAUCCGAAAAGACGUUUUAUAUACGUAGAAACAGCGUUCUUCUGGAAGUGGUGGAUGCACCAGGGCGAUGACGUCAGACACAAAGUCCACACUCUAGUGCGUGGGGGGAGGUUGCAGUUCGUGGGGGGAGCGUGGAGUAUGAACGAUGAAGCCGCUUCACACUAUCAGAGUACUAUAGAUCAGUUCACUUGGGGUUUGAGGAAACUAAACGAAACAUUCGGAGCCUGUGGUAUACCGCGUGUAGGCUGGCAAAUAGAUCCGUUCGGGCAUUCAAGAGAAUUCGCUUCUCUGUUAGCCGCGAUGGGAUAUGAUGGCUUGUUCCUGGGUAGAAUCGAUUACCAGGAUAAGGCGGCGAGGUUAAGAAAUAGGGAGAUGGAAAUGGUGUGGAGGGGGGAUGAUGAUUUGGGUAAUUCGUCAGACAUAUUCACAGGCGUGUUAUACAACACCUACUCCCCUCCACCAGGGUUCUGUUUCGAUGUGUUGUGUGACGAUGAGCCUAUUAUUGAUGACCCGGAUUCGCCUAUGUUUAAUGUUGAUGAGAGGGUGAAAACCUUUUUGGAUAUCGCCAGGAACAUAUCAAAAGGAUACAAAACAAACAAUAUUUUGAUCACUAUGGGUGAAGAUUUUCACUAUCAAGACGCGAGGAUGUGGUUCCACAACCUUGACAAACUUAUAGAAUAUGCGAAUUUGAAAGCUGCUAAAGAUGGGCUGAACAUAAAAUUGUUUUAUUCAACGCCCGACUGUUAUUUAAAAGCCGUGAAAGACGCCAACCCAACUUUACCAAUAAAACAAGACGACUUCUUUCCAUACGCAAGUGACCCUACAGCCUAUUGGACGGGGUAUUUCACUUCAAGACCUACGACUAAAUAUUUUGAAAGACUCGGAAAUAGGUAUCUUCAGGUGCUGAAACAACUUCAAGUUAUAGGUCAUUUGCAAGAGCAUAAUAAGUUCGUUUUGAAUGAAUUGAAGAGUGCUAUGGGUGUAAUGCAACAUCACGACGCAGUGACAGGCACAGAGAAGCAACAUGUUGCUCACGACUAUGAGAGACUGUUGGAUUCCGCUAUAGAUGACGCGACCAUCAUCGCGGGACAGGCUUUUAAUAAAAUAUCGCAAAGAAGCGAUACUAAACCGCCGAUCUAUACAUACGAAAGAUGUCGUUUCAACGAAUCGAGUUGUAGUGUGUCGGAAAAUAGUGAACAGUUUGUGGUAACAAUGUAUAACCCAGUGGGCUGGAAAGUCAAGCAGCCAAUACGCAUUCCUGUUACAGAGGGAAAAUAUUCUGUUUUCUCCCCGCAAGGCCGUGAAAUUGUUUCACAACUAAUAAAAAUACCAGACUUCGUCCUUAACAUACCAACAAGGCAAUCAAAAGCCACACACGAAUUAGUUUUUAUAGCAUACCUUCAUCCUCUAGGAGUAAAAUCAUAUUAUAUACAGAAAAAAAGUAAAAUUUCCAAACGAAACGCGAAAAAAUCUAACGACAUCUACCUUAAUGUUAACGAUUAUUUUAAAAACAUAAGAGAGAAUAUAGAUUUUGAAUACAUAGAUGACGUAAAUAGACAAGACAGAGAUGCACCAGAAAAAGAUAUAAAUUUAUCUUUUAGAAACUUUGACAAAAAGAUUGACGUUCAGGAAAAGAUAGAUGACUUGAGCACGAACGUUAAGGAAAAGAUAGACACUGAAAAGAUAGACAAUGAAAAGAUAGAUAAAGCGGAUUGGAACGUUCUAAAAGAUAAAGAUAGUUCAAAAGAUUAUAUCGAUGAAGGGGAAAGAUUAAAAGGUGCAGAGAGAGUUUUGGAUAGAAAAAGAAGUUAUCCAUUUGUUAAAGAUGAUGAAAUUAGAAUGUUAGCUGAUGAAAAUAUAGUUGUGGAGCGAGCUGACGAAAGUUAUAUGGAGAAUGAGCAUUUCAAACUGCGUCUCGACGGCAACGGCCAAAUCACACACCUCAUCCUCCCCGAUCGGACAUUUAAUCUCAAAAUUGAGUUUUUCUACUGGACUGGCUCUAUUGGCGACAAUACUAAACCAGAAAACAGAUCUUCCGGCGCUUAUAUAUUCCGACCGAAAACGACACAGCCGUACGGCAUAUCUUUUAACACAAUAGCAAAUCCUAAAGGCCGCGUAGUGCAAGAACUCUGGUUCGAAAGCGACCAAAAUGUAGCCGCCAUUGUCAGAAUUUAUAACGAACUAAAAUAUUUUGAAAUUGACUACACAGUAGGGCCCAUAGACAUUAAAGAUGAUAAUGGCAAAGAAUACAUAAUAAGAUACGACACUAACAUAGUUAACAACGGAAUAUUCUACACAGACUCAAAUGGGCGGCAAUUUUUAAAGAGAAAACUAAACGAACGUCCUCAAUGGAAUUUGACAUUAGAAGAGCCUAUAGCUGGCAACUAUUAUCCUGUUACAAAUGACAUUUUCAUAGAUGACGGUGACGUUCGAAUGUCAGUUUUGACAGAUCGCGCUCAAGGCGGAAGUUCGUUACAGGAAGGGCAAAUAGAGCUCAUGCUACACAGGCGUUUGUUGCAUGACGACGCGUUCGGUGUAGGCGAAGCAUUAAAUGAAACGGCCAAUGGGAAGGGCCUAGUUGUUAGAGGGAGACAGAGAGUGCUGUUCGAAAAUUCGAAUUCGCACGUUUUUAAACAGAAAAGCAUUUAUGAAUAUCAUUUGGAACCGAUUGUUUUUGUGUCCGACGCGAAAGAUUUGGAAUUUAAAGACUGGGUUACGCUAGAUAAUUGUUUUGUUGGGUUAAAGAACGAAUUGCCGGAAGGAAUUCACUUGUUGACUUUAGAGCCGUGGUCUGAAGGAAAAGUGUUGUUACGAUUCGAGAAUUAUUUGCAGAAAUCGGAAAAUUCGACGCGGGAAAUCGAUUUGAAUGGAAUUUUCUCGUUUUUGACGAUUUCACAAUUUAGAGAGACUACAUUAGCGGCAAAUCAGUGGUUGGGUAGAGAAAAAUGGACGUGGAAUAAAGAAAAAGACUUUGUAGGCAGUUUUAAUAAGAAUUAUGGGUCUUUUGAAGAUAGCAACGUUAGUGUAGAAGAUAUAAGUACAGAUGAUGGUUUUGUUAUUAAAUUGAAAGCGAAACAAAUUAGAACAUUUAUUGCUGAUUAUGUGAUUUCUAUGUGAUUAAAGUAUGAACAAGA